CCUGUCAACGGUGAAUUGUCAUAUUUUCAUGUUCUCACAAAGUUGAUGGGAAUUCCAUCAUAAUUCAUUGGAAAAUGUCUUCGAUUCAAGGUAUUUUGAAUCGGUCAAAAGACAUUCGGCUUUUGUGCAGUCGCCUUACAAAUCUCAACAUUACAAAAAAUAUUGUCCACAACAAUUUUUUAUGUCCACAAAAUGGGAAUCAAUUGAGUUUAUUGACGGCCAAUUUCCAUACCACUAUUCAGCGAUAUGAUUUAAUGGAGUUUUUCGAUGACAAAAAAAACUGGGGCGCAAAUGAAGUGCGAAGUGGAAGAAGUUGGCGUUUGGACGAAUUGCGGAUCAAAUCGAACUCGGAUCUACAUAAACUGUGGUAUGUUUUAUUGAAAGAGAAAAACAUGCUGCUCACAAUGGAACACGAAGCCGAUGAGAAAUUUGAGCUAUUCCCCAGUCCGGAACGCAUUGACAAAGUCGAAGAAUCAAUGGAAAAUAUUGAAACAGUUGUUCGUGAACGGAAUAGAGCAUACCAUUUAUUGGAAACUGGUCAAGAUGGCGAGCGUCCAGCUCGUGUGGAAACUAACCAACUCGGUUUGCGAUAUUUUUACAGGACACGGGAGUAUUUCAUUCCACAAAAAUAUAGCAGAAAAAAACGUUUCUUCAAUCCAUAUCGUGUGGAUAGAGACGUUAGUACUUUCUUGAGAUUCUAUCGUGAAAGACUCGCCAAAAUGAAAUACAGAGCGAAAAAUCGCGAUAAAAAUUAUGUCACCAAGUUACUGUCUCGUUACCCCAAUUUGGACCGAAAACUUGUUCAACGCGAAUAUCCAUAUGUUGACGUCAAAGCAAUCGAUUACAAAGACAAAUCCCGUGGUCAUUUUGCACCAAAGAUUGAUUGAAACCAUCAUUUGUGCUUUAAAUCAAGCAAUUUGAAUUUAAGCAUUUAGAUUUGCACAUCAUCAGAUUUGCAGAUUUAGAUUAGAAAUAAAGAAAAAUGUUGAUAAACAACUAUUGUA